AUGCUGCUCUCCUACGUCUGUACCUUGGCCUCAGCGCUCGCUGGGAGCGCGCUCUGUAACCCAACCACGGCCCGGUCGUCACAUAGCGGCGAUGGCUUGAUCGACCUUGGCUAUGCAAAGCAUGUCCCGACGUACAUCAACACCACGGCCUCGGGCCAGCGCGUCGCCGUAUACAAAAACAUCCGCUUCGCCAACCCCCCGACCGGCAACCUGCGGUUUCGCGCCCCAGACACGAACCUUCCCCACGUAGACGGAGUCCAGGACGGCAAGGCAUUGCCCGACCUGUCCUGCAUCUCGUCGGCGCCAUGGUUCGUCCCGUUUCCGGGCCUCAACGGCACGACUUGGGGCAGUGAAGACUGCCUGUUCCUAGAUGUCUACGUGCCUGAGGGUGUGAAACCGGGAGACGACGUGCCCGUCUUGCACAACUUUCACGGCAGCGCGUACGCGUUUGGCAACAAGGAGAUCUUCUUCAACCCCAUGGGUCUGUUUGACCUAGCCCACAAGCAGAACGGGGGCAAGUUCAUUGCCGUGGCCAACAACUACAGAAUGGGAGUCUCGGGCUUCACCUGGGCUGCCGGCGAGGACCUCGACGGUAACGUCGGCAUGCUGGACUGCCUGGCCGCAGCCGAAUGGACAGCCAAGUACAUCCACAAAUUCGGCGGCGCCCGCAACCGCAUCACCGCCAUCGGCCAAAGCGCCGGCGCCGGUAUCCUCUACUACCUCACCGUCCUCCACAACAACAACAACAACAACAACAACAACAACAACCACCACCACCACCACCCCCUCCCCUUCCAGCAAGCCUUCAUCUCCUCCCCCGCCGCCCCCCCACGCCGCAACGUCACCACUCGCCAGCAUCAACUCUUCAACCUAACCCUCACCACCGCCAACUGCACCACGCUCGCCUGCCUGCGCUCCCUCCCCUCCCCCUCUCUCCUCCACCUCAACGACGCCCUCGUCAACCAACAACCCAGCGAAGGCGGCGGCGGCACAUUCGGCCCCCUAAUCGGCUUCGGGCCGGCCCCCGACGGGCAACGCAUCCCCGACCUCCCGCUAGCGCUACUGCGGCAGGGGCGCAUGCACAAAUCGCUAAAGCGGCUGGUGGUGGGGUCGAUGGCCGGGGAGGGGCGGGGGACGUCGUCGGACGAGGGCAUGCCGGCGGCGUUCGCGGGGCUGGUGCGGAAGAUGUUGCCCGGGGUGGGGGAGGAUGGGGUGAGGGAGUUGUUGGGGUUGUAUUAUACGCCGGGGAUGGAGCGCGAGUUGGCGUGGGACUGGACCACGGAUGUGGUUUUUGCGUGUAAUGGGUAUGCGUUGGCGCGGGCGUUGCCCGGGAGGGUGAGGCGGUAUGUUAUGUCGACGCCGCCGGCGGUGCAUGGGCUGGAUUUGUUGUAUUAUUACUAUAUCGAUCAGGAGCAGACGCCGGUCGACUACCCGGAGCUGGCGCUCGCGUUCCAGGCGAAGUUGCUGGCGCUUGUUCGUGGCGAGGACAUGGAGUGGCCGGUGUAUGGUGCCGAUCAGAAUCUCUACAACAUCACGGAGUCGUUCGAGGCGACGGGACUGCCAGACAAGUUUCGGGAGCGCUGUGAGUUGGUUCAGAGGCUCGUGCUCGAUCCGGCGAACGAAACAACCAAGACAGGAGGGCAGAUGCUCACCCGGCAUGAUCCAUACUUCACGGCCAAUGAUUCACACCACAACUGCCGUGAAAGGGCUGCCAAACCAACCGCAAGCAAUCCUCCGAGCUUCAUACCUCUCGCCACCGCGGCCAUCGACGGCAUCCUUCGCACUGGCGAGCCAAAUCACAUCUCGGGCAGGACACAGAUGACAACAGUCAGGCGGGCCAACAAGCGGUCCGAGCGGACAGCGAAGCAUGGACCUCCCUCUUGCAAACAUUCCUCCAUCAACAAACCGGUCGUGGUGGUCGUGGGAUAG